ACCCCGCCCCCUUUCGCGGCCUCCUCCGCAAAGACAGCGCCCCUGGUGGCGGGUCAGGGUAAGGCAUGGUGCCCAAUGGAAGCAGCGGCGCUGCUUCCUUUUCCUCGCAUCCUCCUCCUCCUCCUCCUCCUUGGCCGGGAAUGAAUUGAGCGGCGGGCGGGCGCAGGAGAGCCCAUACGGAGAUGCAUUCCACUAGAGUUUAACCAUGGAGCUGGGGAAAGGAAAAUUGCUACGAACGGGCCUCAACGCCUUAUAUCAGGCCAUUCACCCAGUGCAUGGAAUUGCCUGGACAGAUGGAAAGCAAGUGAUCCUGACAUCUUUAUACCUCCAUAAUGGAGAGCCCCAGUUUGGCAACUCCAAUGUCGUUGGACAGUUUGAACAUGUUCAUGGGCUUCACUGGGGCCCGUCUUGUGCUUCAGAUCUCCCUGCACUCCUUGCUAUUCAGCAUAAGAAGCAUAUUACCAUGUGGCAACUCUGUUACAGUGUUUCUGAGAGGAAUAAACUGAUGGUUUAUCAAAUCAGUGAAAUAAGUGAGUUGUUCCCAAUACUCCCACAGGGGUGUGUGUGGCAUCCAAACAAAGAAAUCUUGGCUGUGCUAACGACACGAGACACUUCAGUUCUGCACUCGAUUCGGGUCAACAGUUCCAGAAUCAAAGCGGAUAUUAAAGGCACCGGUCUCAUCCACUGUGCUUGUUGGACUGAGGAAGGCAACCGCUUGGUGGUGGGGAUAGGCAGUGCCCUCCAUUCCUAUAUUUGGGAUGAUGAUCAGAAAACGUUAAAUGCCUGCUCUUUUUGUCCCAUAUUUGAUGUGGGAGGCUACAUUUGUGCAAUUGAAGCUACCUUGAAUUCCCAAGUGGCUGUGGCUACUGAGCUUCCAUUGGAUAAAAUAUGUACUUUAAAUGCCGGAAUUUCUUUUGAGAUGCCGGCUGAGGUUGUGGGAAACUCCGUUCCAUCCCAGACUACCUCACUGAGCUGUGAAGAAGAGCACACCGUGGAUGUUGGAAAAAAGCUCCCAGAUCAAGAAAAAUCUGGGUCCCUUGUGACUUCGGCAUCUUCUCCUGUGGAUCUGACCCAUCUCUCCUCAAACAAACACCGGUCUGAGAAUAGUCCUCUCAUUAAUCUAAAACCCAAGGAUUACCUCACUGGAAGUGGCCAAGAUGCCUCACACCUGAUCUUGGUGACAUUCGAAAGAAAAGUGACAGCUACCAAAAAGGUCAGCAUCCCAGGUAUCCUGGUGCCUGAUAUAAUGACUUUUGACUCAAAAGCUCAGACUGUUGCUGUUGCCUCCAACACUUGUAAUCUAAUUUUAGUUUACUCUUUAACAUCUUCUCAUUUGCCCAACAUUCAACAGAUUCAGCUGGAGAAAAGCGAGAGGCCUAAGGGAUUAUGUUUCCUCACUGAUAAGCUCCUGCUGAUAUUGGUUGGAAAACAGAAGUUAACAGACCCAGCUUUUCUUCCAUCCUCACGCUCAGACAAGUACAUUCUCCGCUUGAUGAUCAAAGAAGUUGUAGGCAAAGAGGGUUCUUCUGCACUUUCAGGUGUUACCCAGGUUUGCUUCACAAAUGUACCUGUGAAGAGGGAGACCAUUGAAACACACAGUUCAGAUACUCACCCCCUGAAAGAUGGUUUGCUGCUUCCAGGUUGCAAUGUUCCCCAAUCUCCCAAAAACAGAAGAAAACUCAUUGAAGAAAUAAAAAGCACUUCAACUGAUCAGAGUCUGUCAAUGAAUAGGGUUGAUUCCAAGGAGAAGAAGCUUCCUAAGGACUUCCCGCAAGCCCUGGAGGCUUUAGAUAUGGAGCCAGCCAAUCGUUCACUGGUUCUUCAAGGACCUGAAUCCUCUUCAGGAGUGUCAAAUGUACCCAUUUCACAAAAUAAACCACUCCACAGUCCUCACGAAAUCUCAAAUGCCUCUAAAACGAACUUACUGCGAAAUGACAAGGAAGCCAGUUACAUCUCUAAAAAUCUAGAAAGACUGUGCAGCAGCUUUGCAGAACUGCAGCACCAACUUUUUGAAGUGACAGAACUUCUGAAGUCUGGGAAAAAAACUGUUCCACGAUACCCAUCUUCUCGUGACCCCUCUUUUGUUAACAUCAUUUACCAGAAAGAGUCUUCUGGAACUGUUACACCUGAAAAACGAGCAGUUAUUCUUUGCGAUGGCAAACUUCGUUUAAGUGUCAUUCAGCAGAUUUUUAAUCUGGUUCUCAUUGAAAUGCAGCAUGGUUUAUCCUGGAUUGUUCUUACUGCUGACCAAGAAGACUUCAUUCCGUUAACCUUUGAUACCCAGCAGGAGGUCGUAAUAAGAGAUGCUAGUGCCGGCUCUAGCAAUUCUUCCAAAACACUGGACGUUGUCAGUUCCACAGGAGGAUACAGGAAGAUCUCCUCUCAAAGCCUGGACAUUGACACCAGUUCUAUGGAAGUCCUGAGAGAAGGCUCUUCCCAGAGUCUUGUAGGAAGCAGCAGUUCUUCGGUGCAAGCCACCACACCCUCAUAAAAAAGCGAAAGUGGUUCAAGCGAGGACAGUUUGGCAGUGCUCCUUACUCUGGGCAUGACUAAAGCUGGGGCUUUACUGUGUUUUAUGUCGUGUAUUGUACAACUGUGUGGUGCUUUUCUGUGUUGUAGAUCAUGCCUUACACACUCAGUCUGUUUUAUUUCAACAAUUUUGCCACUUUGUGCGAACUGCAGGUCACUUACAUAAUGUAUUUAAACGAUCCGCCUGGCAACUUUUGUAGACCAAGUUGCAUGUUGACUCAGUCUCUGUUAAAUCUGUUUGCUAAGCUGACUCAACAAAUUUGCAUUUUCACAUUGGAUCACCAGUCAUAUUUCUUUACUAAAUACAAAGUGAAUAAAAGUUAGCCAAAGCAAAACCAGGUUGGAGUAGGAGUGCCAUUUACAUUUACUCAGGAGAAAUCUUGUUGGCAUGAAGACACAGGAAAGUGUGUGAAUGUUGUUGCUAGUACUUGUUGAAGUAGAAAACAAAAGUGGGUCUUAUUUAUUAUAAUGUCAUAUAACGAAGUCCUGCAACUUCCAUUUCUUUAUUAUUAUAUGGAGAUGAUUUUGUAUUUUAUCAGUGCCUGUUGAGAAUGCUAUGCACUUCAACAAGUUAUUUAACUCAGUUUAUGAAAUUACUCAUUAGUUUGUACCAAAGUCCUUUUAGGGGACAAUAGUACUUGCUUCUGAACAUAACACAUUUCAGUUCUGUCUUCCUUCAAGGGGCCCACUAGGCAUGUUUACACUAUGCAUGUACAGAACGUGAACAGCUCUAGGUUGUGUUCAGAAUAAAAAAAUAGGAAAUGUGUAUAUUCGUAACAGCUGUAUGCAGGCUGUUUGCUAGCAAGUCUGAAAUGGUAUUACAGCCUUUGUAAUUACCCUUUGUAAUAAUUGUGCUGAACUGUUUUAAGAUGUUUGGGAGAAUGCAGAUAGUACAAAACCUGUUGACCAUGUCUUAUCAAAAUAAUUUGUUCUGGCAGUUUUGAAAUCACUAUGCUGACUGACUGCAAACAACUGGGCCUAAGUCAAGAGUUUUAGUACUUGUUAUAAAGCCCCACAUGGAAGAAGACACAAGUAAAUGAAGUCUUCCUGUACUGACCAACCUGGGAUUUGAGCUCAUCUGGAGAAGUUCUGUUUGUGCUGCCUUUAAUGAAUGUAAUCUAUGUGGCAACCACAUGAAGCAGGACUUUCUUAUUGGUGGUAUCCAAAACAAUGGCACUCCCUCAUGAUGAAAAACUGGUUGUCCUUCCCCGACACCUUGCUGUUGUCAUUUAGGCACCAGCUGGAAACAUAUUUAUCUGUGUGAGCCUUUGGGGCGGUUUCUCAAACAAUGCUCCUCCUGAUUUUUUGGACUUCAGCUCCCAGAAGUCCUAGCUCUUAGGAAUUGUUGGAGCUGAAGUCCAAAACAUCUGGAGGAGCAGUUUGAGAAACUGCUUUGGGAGAUAGACAAAUGUUACAUUGGUCUUACUACCAUAUAUUAUGUCGUUAUCUCAGAAUUAUGAUUUUAACAGUAUGUGUUGGUGACUUCUGGACUGAACAUGAGGACGCCUCACUCCAGGAUGAUGGACAGAGGUGCUCCACCCUUGCUCAAUUCAUGAGCUGCCUGUGUAUAUAUUUUUAUGUACCUUUUUAGCUGCCCUGGCCUCUUUGCAGGAAGGGUGCAGUAUAAACUAAAUAAAACCACUAUAAAAUC